GCCAUGCACCAUUGAUAGGCUGUGAGCUGCUUCGCCCCAACACACGUGGGUAAGCUGCAUCAGCCGCCCCCAUUCGGUUCCUGAUACAGUCGCACCUACCUGAAAUGAUACACAACCUGACAGCUCUUUAGUGGACCUUUCUUUACCCUCAAAUUCGGGGUCAUGCCUGAUACCAAUACCCAUCAAAUCGCCCGUCAUGUCAGGUAGCCUCGAGGUCGCGGCGGGGAUCUUCGCCAUCAUCGGCGUAGCUGAUGUUGUUGUGCGAAUGGGUCGGGAGGUUCACGGUUUCCUACGCGACAUUGCCGGUGCGCCGGAAGAGAUUGACAGACUCUGUACUACCGUCAAAGAGACAGCCCUACUUGCCGAGAACGUGAAGCAGCUGCUCGAUACUCUGGCUUGCCGGAAACAAGCCGACGCGACAGAUCAGAUGAUAGCUCUAUUCGAGUCGGCGCUGAAGAGCUUGCAACGCGAAUUGCAGAACCUAAGGAUACUCAGUGCGAGAUUCAGAGGUGGGGGCAAGACUUGGAGUAGAGUGAAGUAUGUCUUGGACGAGCGCAAGAUCAGCAAGAUAUUCAACAAUCUGGAACGAUCGAAGAGUCUAUUAGCAAACUCUCUACAGGUUGCAAGCAGACAAAGAUCAGACCAUCAACACCAGGAGCUACUGCAAAGGCACGACACAGACCGGGCCACGUUGAUUCAAGGACAAGAACUUCUCGGACGUCUUUCGGUUCACCACUACCAGGAAACAAAACGGGCUUCGAAGAUCAUGGCAAUCACCCACCAAGAGCAAGUCAGCGAGCACCAAAAGACUCGCGAGGUUUUGUCUGCAAAGAUUGGCGACGCUAUUGCCGCCGAGUUUGAGAAGUAUCGCACACCUCGCGCUGGGAGAUGGAUGAGAAACGUCUUCUUCUUCGGGGAACGUCGCGACAUGAUUAUGGCUUAUUUACUUCUCGUCAAGCCCCACCUAGAAGCCGCAUUCAGAAACCUGCUGACCGAUGGAAUUGAUCGGUUUCCGCCACACUAUGUCGAUUGGUUACGAAACGAAUUCGAUCACCUCGUAGCAUCAGCGGCGCAGGAAGAAGCGACAAGACACCGAGGAUCGUCUGCAAGCACUUUUGACCGUUGGCAUUACUCUGAGGAAACAAUGCCACAUCACUCUGCGGUAUCCAGGCGUGCUAUAAAAGAAUCAGACAGCAAGCCUAAUACACCAGAAGCAGACUACGCGAACCUCUAUCUCAGCGCGCCGGUAAUCGCCGGUCAACGGGCGUAUACACAAACCACUCCUUUUGGAAGUCUACGCAUACAGUCUCCUCGUCGAGCGUUCAAGACUAAGUUCAAACGUCCAAACAAUGAGGCUAGUUUCACAUUCACUUGUGGUAUUGGCCAGUCAGUCCACGCCAUUCACGCCCACUUCCUACGUAACGCAGCGAAUGCGUCGAAUCCGGGGCUCUGCGCCCAGCUCAGUGUAUUCACAUUGGCGGAGUCUGAGACGCAUUACAACCAGCUCUUUGCAUCUGCUGGUGUCGAAGAGAUUGACGACGCAUUACGGAGAGGCGUUAUCUCUCCAUACGAGAUUAACCGAGAAGGAAGAAAUCUAUGUCUAUAUUAUGCAGCAGAAAACACACGCAUAGAUCUGCUCGACUACUUGGCAGGCCAAGGAAUUGGUGUAUCGAAUCUAAACCACGAUGUCAGUCUAGUAGCAGGUCUCUUCGUGCGCUCGAUAGUCGACGAUGACCGCGCACCAUUCGAGAGAGCUGUCGACUAUAUCAUCCCUCAGGUCUACGAGUCAUCUUCAUUCCUCUUCGAGACAACAAUGAACAUGCUGCUCUGGGAUUACUACCAAGGAAGACCGCGUUCUCUACUACGACAACAGAUACAAAGAUUGCAGCAAGAGGGUCUCAUCUCCGACUCUGUAGUUAUGAAUGACGACCCUUGGGACUGGCCUUCAGUAUCGAGCAUUAUGGCUCCACUCUUCGAAGUCGACGCUGCGUACAUCAACACGAUUGGUAGUCUUGGCCGCAACAGGAUACAGCGUUGCUACCGCGUUAUCGAUCAUGGAAGUAGUCCAGGAGACCCGGUCGCUAUCGAAGAAAUUGCCAAUGCGUUGAUAAGAGCAGGUGUCGAUGUCCAUCACCGCGACCAUGACGGUCUGACCCCGAGCAUGUACGCCAGACGCUGUGGCGCAUGGGACGGAUGGUGCAGCGCGCUUGCGAAGAAUGGGCUGCGCAUUGAAGAUGUAGUGAGAGAAGAAGAAGCGGAGUGGCUUUUGCACGAGGGUUGGAGGGACGUCAUGAAGGAAAAGCAUGGGGAGCUGGCGGUCACGGGGUAGCGGGGUACUGAUUAUCGCCUCUCAAUCCUAAGGAAAUGGUAUCGCAACGACGACAUCUAGUAGGCAGGUUCCCAGAGUUGUCAGUCGCAUGUCUGAAGUGAAGAAAGCUUCUAGCAUGGAUGUUAUACAGCGCAUGAAGUGAUGCAAAGACAGACCAAAGAUAGAAUAGCCUUUUGCAUUUCUUCAAAGCUCCAUGUGGGCAGUCAAACAUGCCGCCUGUGUCUCAGCGCAACAUAGCCUUUCC